CAGACUUGACAUCUCAGUGAUAAAGUAUCGAUACCAUAUUUGUUAUCACUACUCAUCCUUAUCUUUUAAAGCGCAUAUAUUAUGAUGACCAGUAUUGAAUAGUUUUUCGACAGUUUCGGUCGUUCUAGCUCUUCACCCACAAUGUUGUUUCGGUCAGGUUUAUAUGUAACUUUAAUUACUUGUUUGGCAACUGGAGUUAGUUGUCAAAGAGUAGCUAUAGCUCAUUUGGUCGCUAAUGAGAUAUCUGGGAGUGUAACAUUCACGGAAACCGAUAACGGUCUUCGCGUAACGGGUAGCAUCUCGGGACUGCCGGCGGGCCAGUACGGGUUCCACGUUCACGAGCUGGGCGACGUGACGACAUGCCUUACUACUGGAGGACACUUCAACCCUGACGAAGUCAAUCACGGUGGCAGAGACCACGAAGUGAGACAUGUAGGCGACUUCGGGAACGUGCAGUUUGUGGAAGCAAACCGAAACGGUGUUGCGACGGUUGAAUUCACGGACCACAUGGCUACGUUGCGGGGCCGCAACAAUAUCCUCGGACGUGCUUUGGUACUGCACGCGGGGACUGACGAUCUAGGAUUGGGUGGACACGAAGACUCGCUAACGACGGGCAAUGCCGGCGCGCGCGUGGCCUGUGGCGUUAUCGGCAUUGUAUCCCCUAGCGAACCCUGGGAUAACUCCGCUGUCACUACUGCACCCUCGCUGUUGUUGAUGGUUGUGGCAUUCGUGUAUUUUUUCAUGAAGCUCUAAAGACUUAAAAUAUUUGUUAAAGAUUAUCACAUCGUUGUAUGUUCAAAAUUAGUUUUUUACGCAUUAUAAAAUAUGUUUAUGAAUUUA